AGCAGACUCCGAGAAUGAAGAGAGGUAGAUGAGAGUCUUAUCCUGAUCAAGAAGCUUUUAUUUCUCAAAUCGAGGUUAAACUCAGGAUCAGGAAUCUGCGUAUUCUUCUGCCUCAGCCUCUUCUGGACAACCUGUGCCUGCAGACUAUAAAAAUUCUGGGAAAAAGCAUAUCAAUCUAUAUUGAUAUUAUGUAUUCAGGAUCUGCUGUUGAUCCUCUGGGUGGAUCAGCACGGAGGUGGAUCAGCUCGGAGGUGGCCAACGAGAUGGAAAUCCAAGUCGUCGCAAUUACCUGCCCACCAUGCGGAGACGAAAUGGGCGAAACGGUCUAACAACAACUACAAGAAAGGUCCGAGGAAUCUUGGAAACCGAAGAAGCUCCUCUUCAAGACUACGCUCCCGUUCAGGAUCACGCUUCAUCAUGGUUUGCUGCUCAAGGCAAUUGGUGACACAGAUCAUUGAGACCAACAUACCUCAACAUACCUUCUAUGUGGUUCUGCAUGCUCUGCAGGUAC